CCCGCCCCGCGGCCCUCCCUUUUCCUCUCCGGGCCGUCAUGGCUGCUCCCUUGACCCUAGGUGCUGCUACCCGAGGCGACGAGGACGAGGACUGCGAUCGCCCCGGAGCCGGGGCUGUCAGUAACGAGGACAGGAAGGAUUGCAUCCUGGAGCCGCUGUCCCUGCCGGAGCGCCCGGGCGGCUCCCCCACGCCGGCGGGGUCUCCGUCUCUGCCCUGUGCCUUCUGCCAGGAGCACUUCCCCGCGGCGGAGCAAGACCAGCUUCUGAAGCACAUGGUCAUCGAGCAUAAGAUGGUCAUAGCAGACGUCAAGUUGGUCGCCGACUUCCGAAGGUACAUUUUAUACUGGCGGAAGAGGUUCAGCGAGCAGCCCACCACGGACUUCUGCAGUGUGAUAAGGAUCAAUUCCACAGCCCCACUGGAGGAGCAGGACAAUUAUUUUUUGCUGUGUGACGUUUUACCGGAAGACAGAGUGCUUAGGGAAGAGCUUCAGAAGCAGAAACUGAGGGGGAUCCUGGAGCAGCAGCAGCGGGAGCGGAGCGACGACAGUUUCCGCGGCGUCUGCAUGUUCUGCAGCGAGGAGUUCCUCGGGAACAGGUCCGUCCUCCUGAACCACAUGUCCCGAGAGCACGCCUUCAACAUCGGGCUGCCCGACAACAUCGUCCACUGCGGCGAGUUCCUGCGGACCCUGCAGGAGAAGCUGGACAACCUGCAGUGCCUGUACUGCGAGAGGACCUUCCGGGACAGGAACGCCCUGCGCGACCACAUGCGGAAGAGGCGGCACCGCAGGGUCAACCCGAGGAACCGGGAGUACGACCGCUUCUACGUCAUCAACUACCUGGAACUUGGAAAAUCGUGGGAGGAGGUUCAGUCGGAGGACGACCGGGAGCUGCUGGACCAUCAGGACGAGGACUGGUCUGACUGGGAGGAACGCCCCGUCUCGGCUGUCUGUCUGUUCUGCGAGAAGCAGGCGGAAACCAUCGAGAAGCUGUGUGUCCACAUGAAGGACACGCACGAGUUCGAUCUCCUGGAGAUCAAGUCAGAACUUGGACUGAAUUUCUAUCAGCAAGUGAAGCUAGUCAACUUCAUUCGGAGGCAGGUCCACCAGGGCUGCUGCUACGGCUGCCACGCGAGGUUCCCCUCCAGGGCCGCCCUGCGGGCGCACAUGGAGGCGGCGGGGCACGCGGCCCUGCUUCCCGAUGCGGCCACGUGGGACCAGCCGGAGUACUACUUUCCCACCUACGAAAACGACAGUCUGCUGUGCACACUGUCCGACAGCGACAGUGACCUGCAGGCCCAGGAGCAGGAGGGGAGCGUGCCUGUCAUCGGUGAGGACACGUCCGGGCUGCAGGCCCUGAGGCGCAGCAGCGUCCUGAACCAGCUGCUGCUCCCGGAGGGCGUGAGGGGCCGGAGGGCACUGCCGCCACCGGGCGGGCCCCCGGGGCUUCCCGCGGGAGACGGGCAGGAGGGGGCCGUGCAGGUGUGCCCCCCCCCCCCCCCAGCAAAGGAGCAGCCCUUGGAGAAAUACUUUAAAAAAUAA